AUGGUUCAGUCUCCGAUGCUCUCGUGUCCGCUGAAGCAGACCAACGAGAUCGACUGGAUUCAACCUCUCAAGGAUUACAUCCGACAGACCUAUGGAGAGGACCCCGAGCGAUACACUCAAGAAUGCGCGACUCUCAACCGACUACGGCAGGAUAUGAGAGGUGCAGGGAAAGAUAGUGCAACCGGUCGCGAUCUGCUGUACCGAUACUAUGGUCAACUGGAGCUGUUGGACCUCCGGUUUCCGGUUGACGAGAAUCACAUCAAAAUCUCAUUUACAUGGUACGAUGCUUUCACUCACAAACCCACGUCUCAAUAUUCCCUGGCCUACGAAAAAGCUUCCAUCAUCUUCAACAUCUCCGCCGUCCUCUCGUGCCAUGCGGCCAACCAGAAUCGUGCCGAGGAUGCCGGACUCAAAACCGCGUACCAUUCCUUCCAGGCAUCCGCUGGCAUGUUCACUUAUAUCAAUGAAAACUUCCUGCAUGCGCCGUCGACUGAUCUCAAUCGAGACACGGUGAAGACUUUGAUUCAUGUCACGCUAGCCCAGGCGCAGGAGGUGUUUCUGGAGAAGCAAGUGGCAGAUUCGAAGAAGCCCGGGUUCCUGGCGAAAUUGGCGGGCCAGGCUGCAUAUCUCUACUCGCAGGCCGCGGAAACAAUGCAGGACUUUGUCAGCAAAAACGUGUUCGAUAAGGCGUGGUCGAUCGUUGUGCAAGCAAAGGCAGCGCACUUGGGUUCCAUUGCAUCCUAUUUCCAGGCAGUCGCGGAGGCCGAGAGCGGAUCUCAUGGGGUUGCCAUCGCUAGACUGCAGAUGGCUGACAAGCAAACCAUCGCUGCUUUGGGCUUUGCCAAAUCAUUCCCCUCGUCGGCUCCAGUGACCUCAAAUUUGACGGCGGAGGCCGGGAGCAACCUAGUGGAUCUCAUUAAACACAACCAGUCCAAAGUGCAAGCCACACUCGCCACUUUGACCAAGGACAAUGAUUUUAUCUACCAUCAGCCGGUCCCCAACGAAGCUGGUCUCGCAGCAGUUUCCAAGCUACCUGCCGCAAAGGCCAUUCCAGUCAGCGAGUUGUAUCAAGGACAAGACAUCCAGCGAAUCAUCGGGCCGGACAUCUUCCAGAAGCUCGUGCCCAUGUCUGUUACGGAGACUGCCAGUUUGUACGAUGAAGAGAAGGCCAAGCUGGUUCGGGCAGAAACCGAAAAGGUGGAAACUGCCAACGGCGAGAUGGCUGCCAGUUUGGAUUAUCUGAAACUGCCCGGCAGUCUCAACAUUCUCAAGGGUGGCACGGACCAAGAAGUCACCGUGGAUGAAGAAUUUCGCCGCUGGUGCUCGGAGCUUGCCGGGCAUAAGCCGUUUCAUAGGGCGUUUGACGACCUUCAGGAGGGCAAGGCCGAAGUGCUGGCCCAAUUGGACCAGUGUUCUAAGCAGCUGGAUUUGGAGGAGAGCGUGUGUGAAAAGAUGCGGUCCAAGUAUGGAGCAGAUUGGACUCAGCAGCCCAGUAGUCGACUCAACACCACGCUCCGGGGUGAUGUUCGGACAUACCGAGAUACCGUGAAUGAAGCCAGUGCUAGCGAUUCUCAGCUGUCAGCCACACUGCGACAGUAUGAAGGGGAUUUCGACGAGAUGCGGUCUGCGGGGGAGACGGAAGAGGCGGACGUGCUCUUCCAACGAGCAAUGAUCAAAUCCGGAUCAAAGCACGGAAAAGGAAAAGGUGGAGGCGCUAGCCCGGCAGAGGGCAGUCUCCUGGAUGAUGUUUAUGAUGAAGGCAGCAUGUCCGUUGCGGAGCAGAUUUCCAAGGUGGAGGAGAUCUUGAAGAAGUUGAACCUGGUCAAGCGUGAACGGUCUCAAGUACUCAAAGAUUUGAAGGACAAGGUAAGCGCGCUCCUUUCUCCUUAUCCCCACCAUUGCAAGUCUCACCCUGCAGCACAGGUUCACAACGACGACAUUUCAAACGUUCUGAUUCUAAACAAGAAAUCCAUCACGGGCCAAGAGAGUCAGCUCUUCGAGGCUGAGCUCGAGAAAUUCCGGCCUCACCAGAAUCGGCUCUUACAGGCGAACCAUAAGCAGUCAUCCUUGAUGAAAGAGCUUACAAAAACGUACGGCGACUUGUUGCAAGACAAGCGAGUUCGAUCUGAGCAGUCCAAGUAUGAAACCAUCACACGGCAACGCAACACAGUGAUGGCUCGGUACAAGAAGGUCUAUGAAGCUUUCAACGGCCUUUCUUCCGGCAUCGUUCAAGCCCGAACAUUCUACAAGGAGAUGGGUGAAAACGUCGAAAGCCUCCGAAAGAAUGUCGAGACCUUCAUCAACAAUCGCCGGUCCGAGGGCGCGCAACUUUUGAGUCAAAUCGAACGCGAAAAGGCCAGCGGCGUCUCGGAACAGGAUGACCGUGAGCGAGAGAAGCUGCGUCAGUUAAUGGAACGCCUUUCCACGGAACCCAAGCCAUCAUCGACCUCACCAUCCACGGGAUCUGCCGCUGCUCCAUCUAAAAUUAAAUCGCCACCCUCCUCUAUCCAGACACCAUCCUAUUCAGCCACGGGCCCGUCUCCGAAAAUGUCACCUCGCUACCCGCCCCCCAUGCCGGGAGCACCACCCCACGGGGUUCCCCCCUCACACUCCCCCGCGCCCUAUGGACAAUACAUGGGAGCCGGUCCGAGUGUACCAUAUGUUCCUGGGCAGCCUUUCCAACAAGGCGCGGCCGCCCCACUGUCUGAGGGCUACAAUCCCAUGGCAUACCCUUAUCAGACCCCCGUGUCUCCGCCGCCGAACCAGCAAUUCUUUUCUCAAACGCCUGCUCCGUAUGGUGGCUACUCCGGAGCCAGUCCGCCGUCGACGACGGCUGCAGCCCCUCCGCCGUCGCACUACAUGGCUUCUCAGGGGUAUAUUCCACCCCCGCCUCCUCCACGCCCGCAGCAGACCACCUACCCGCCCUCCGGGGGCGGUCCGUAUCCCUCGGGUCCUGGUGGCUAUGCACAGAGCAGACCGUAUGGACACCAUAGAACCCCUUCUCAGUCUCAGUCUCAACACUCCUCGGCCACCAAUGACCCGUGGGCUGGUCUCAACGCUUGGAAGUAA